AAUAAUGACAAGUCAUAACGUUUUCCUAGUAGUUCUUGUGAUUGGAAUAAGUCUUCUACGCCCCACGGAUGCAGACGAAGCAGGCGACUGGAAGGAAGAAACGGACUGGGAGCACAGCAGAUGGGCGACCGCCGCACAGUUCCCGGGGUCACGCGGUCCGGAGUUCUUGCCUGACCUCAGCACCAACGUGACCGUGACGCUCAGGGGCCGUGCCGUCCUGCCGUGCAGGGUUGCUAAUCUCAGGGGCAGAUCUGUUUCAUGGAUUCGUCAAAACGAUCUUCAGGUUCUCACCACUAAUGCCAUCACGUUCACCACCGACAAACGGUUCUCCGUGGAAGGCUACAAUAAAGGUGCAGCCGCCGUAUGGGAUCUUCACUUAAGUGACGUCACACAAGCGGACGAAGGAGUCUACCAGUGUCAGGUCAACACCAGGCCAAAGAUAUUCCACCCUGUCAGGCUUCACGUCGUCGGCUUCACGUUGUUGGUGAGAAUAUUGUGA